AGUAUUCACAGAGUGGUCAAUCACAGACUGUACCUCAUCUGUGGUUCAAUAUUUCUUUCUACAUAAUAGUAAAUAUGGAAACAGAGAGAUUUCCUUUUUAGUGAAUAUAAAACACAGAAAUUUUAUUGUUUGUUAAUAGAACUGACUCGUAGAGAAGAAUAGAUAGUACAUAUAAUGGAACUUUCAAAUAACCAAAAAGUUGAUAACUCUUCAGCAAGUAAAACAAAGCAGUUAAAUAAAGAAUAUCUGAGAGCUUCUUGUAACUGGCAAAUCACUAAUAACAAAACGUGGCGAGAUGUUUUUACUCUCACAGUUUCUUCUCAAAAACAAGAAAAUGUCGAUAUUGAUGAAAUAGUCAACCUAAAUACAUGUAUGUCUUUACAACCAACUCAAUCUUCUAAUGAGCCAUGUAUGUUGGAACUAAAGUUACCAAACCAUCAAAAAAUAUCUCAUAUUGCCAUGGUUUCAGAGGGCUAUGUUCUAGAAUUUUUCAAGCUAUGCGGAGAGUACCAAACAACAGUAUUUGCAGACCUUUUAGAUGAGUUUGAAGAUAACUCUGUUUAUUUUGCAGAAACAAAAUUUAGUCCACCUACUUCUGAAGCUAGUAUAAAGUUCACAAAAACAAAGAGUAAAGAUUCAGUUAUGUGGAUAUAUGGUAUAAUGCUCUAUAUAACAGAAUCUACUGCUGAAUCCAAAACUUUGUUUCCACCCAUUUUUAAUCCUGAAAUCAUAAAACAAUUCCUAAGUGAACUACCUUUCUUGGAUGAAGAUAAUGCUCCAGUUGGUAUACAAUCAUGUUACAAGAAUAUCUUCAAUUCAUCAAUAGACACAAAUGUAAAAGAUAAUCAUGAAAAAGAAAUGGGACAAUAUAAGAAACAGCAUACGGAA